AGGACGCGCAUGCGUAAUGAUGUUAGAUGGCAACAGAAAAAUGGCGGCCAGCUUUGCGACAGGCGGCCAAAGCCCGACUUCUGUUUCCAGAACUCUUGAAAGAGUCUUCGAAGAUGCUCAAUAUUCGGGAGAAGUGUUACUAUGUGGACGGAACCUUAAGGAAUAUCCAAAAUUUGCGUCUAAGUUCGACCUGGCGGACACAGUAUAUGCAGACAUUUCAAAAAAUCGUUUCACAGAAAUUCCAGAAGAAAUUGGAGAGUAUGCGUCAUUAGAAAGAUUAAAUUGUUACCAUAAUUUGAUCCGGUCUAUUCCAGAAAAUGUGGGCCAUUUACAAGUAUUAACACAUCUCAAUUUGAGUCGAAACCAACUAACCAUGUUACCAGCAUUUCUUUGUCAACUACCUAUGUUGGAGGUUUUAUUGGCAAAUAACAACAAAUUAGUUUCUCUGCCCCCAGAAAUUUGCAAAUUAGAACGAUUAAUGGAUUUGGAUGUUAGCUGCAAUGAAAUUUCUCGUUUACCAAUUGAAAUAGGAAAGUUGCCUCUACUUCGGAGAUUAAAUGUUAGAAAAAAUUUAUUAGUAGAAAUACCUCCAGAAAUAUCCCAAUUGGAAUUACGAAGAAUAGAUUUUUCUGCCAAUAAGAUAUCAUCAAUUCCAAUAGUUUUUCGGUCAAUGACUACGUUAGAGGAAAUGAUUCUGGAUCACAAUCCUUUAACGACACCUCCAGCACAUGUUUGUACAAAGGGAAAAGCCCAUGUCAUGAAGUUCCUACAGAAGGUAGCUGACCGGAACAAAGCACUUCUCAAUGACAACGAAAUGAAGUGGAACUGUAGGAAAUCUUUCCCUCAGCCUGCUGCACCCACAGAAGAAUUUAGCAAUUUGUCACCAGAACAGCGCUGGAAGCGACACAUGCUCAGUAGUGAUUCUGGCUAUAUCGAUGGUAGUGACAAGAGUAACUGGUCCUUACUUGAGGUAAAUAAGGUGUCCCCUCCAGCAUGGCCUGAAUGUGUGUCUGCUACCCCGUUGGCUCCUUGUUACGACUACAUUAUGAGAAAACUUGGCAACAACACCAACAAUCAUCACUACCUUCAACAACCAACUCGACUAUAUGACAAUAGAAUAGAGGUGGUAAAUGACUUGGAUGAAGCUAACUGCUUGGCUUUAAAAGCUGCCGAGGCUGCUAAAGAACAACGCCAGGGCAGAGAUGAGGAGCUGCAGCCAAAAGAACCCCUACGUGAGAUCCCUAAAGAGGCUGCAGUCAACUCUGAGCCCAAGACAUCUUCUCUAAUAAACAUGGAGGAUACAUUCACAAGGAAAAGCCCUUAUAAUGGCCACAAGCAAGGGAUUGAAGAUCCUGGCCAGGAACUUCAGCGGCAGAAAUCUAAUUAUGAGCGGCAGAAGAAGCAUGCAGUGCACCUUCGGAUGCAGCAAGAAGAGGCUGAGAGAGAGCUGAAGCAACCAAAGAGUAUUGACAGCCAGCGAGAGGAGAUGCGGCGGUUGAACAUGAUUGUCAAAGAGAAGCAAGACCAGGAGAUGAUACGACAGCGUCUGCAAGGGGACCAGGACGAAGGAAAAGUUGAAAGCCAGCAGCUGCCAGAUGCAGUGCAACAACAACAACAACAACAGUUGGCAGAAGUGCAGAAAUCUGAAGAGCUGAGAAGGGUUGAACCUGUCAGUCGAGUGCCGCUACAGGAGAAAGAGAAAGCAACGGUGAGAAAGGACAAAACGGAGGAGACACUGAAGACCAAAGUAGACAAUAAAAUCAAUAAAGAAAGACUGAAGAAGAAUGCUGUAGAUAAUUGCCUCAGCUUUCUGCCUCUCGCUGACUCCUAUGACAACUGUUCUGAAAAUGACUACGAAAGCAUGGACACGUCCGCCGGCAUGCUUUAUAGCAACAGAAAAUACGGCUUAGGAACACGUGCUGUGAAAGAUGAGAAGAAGACUACAAUCACCACAACAACCUCAUCAACUAGUCAAUACCGAAGAAUUGGAUCUGCAGAACCAAGCAAAAUCAAAAAACAGACCUCAGACUCGGCAUCAGCUUCGAAUCAUCUUCAGAAAAACGGUGUUCCGGAUGAAAAUAUGAACCCGUCUCCUGCUUCGUCAAACGCUCCCAGUCGCAGUUCUUCAACCAGUUCGAUACACAGCAGCACCAAUGACAAAACAGUUAGCAAAACGCUGUCUGGCAGCCGUCUACGGUUAGACAAGAGUGCAACCUCUACGUCUUCAGCUUCUUCAAAUGUCGUCCGCCGUACGAAACCAGGAGAGAAGUCGGGCAGCAGCCAGGUGUCGAGCACCAAUUCCAAAAUUGCUGUGACGACUUCAAGUCGGUUACAUAUGUCAGGAACCAAAUCAAACCAUGUAACGCCGGAAGAGGAGUUUAGACUAAAGCACGAAGCCUUGAUGAAUCAGCAGAAGCACGAGUCACAAAUCUUGAAGCAACAACUCGAAGAGCAACGGACAAAAACUGCUUCAAAGGACUUGGUAGGCAUGACGAAGCGAUCUCCUGGAGAUUCUUCUAUCAGUUACAGUAGCAGUACAGCAGGGACUAAAACGGCUACAAAAACAGGAAAGUCUCUUGGAAGCGGCAACAAAAUCACUCCUACUGGCAACCGAAGAACCACAAAGCUAGGGCUUUCAUCACCAUCAUCUCCUUCAUCAGCAGCACCCCCUCCUCCUCAUCAAAAUGACAAAGGCCUUAAUCGAAAAAUUGUAUUGUCAGCGAAUGCGCUGAAAUUACUUGAGGACUUGAAAGACAGUGAUCCAAACUUUACAAUUCGAAGGCACCAUGAUCAGGCUCGAGGAGAAAUUCAACAAGUUGAAAGUUUACGGAAUACUAUCCAAGCCCGAUUAAAGGUGACGUUACCAGACAAUUUACCUGAGGCAUUAAGGGAUGGAGUUGUACUUUGUCACUUAGUCAAUCAGAUUCGUCCGAGAGCCGUAGCCACUAUUCACGUACCUUCCCCAGCAGUACCUCAACUCACAAUGGCAAAGUGUCGCAGGAAUGUGGAGCAUUUCUUAGAAGCUUGCCGGAAAAUCGGUGUUGACCAGGGGCGUAUGUGUUCGGCCCAUGACAUCUUGGAGGAAAAAGGACUUGCCAAAGUCGCUCUGACCGUCUCAUCUUUGGUAGCGUCCACCGGCAGUACAAAGCAGGCUGUAGUAUGACAAGUUGACCAGUUGUUAGGAGAAAUUUUCUCUUUCUUACUUAUUAUGCUACUGUUAUUUACGGCCUCCGAAAAUAUGGGCUUACCUGUUUACCCCGACUGGCAUUAGUGGUCACCACCAUAUAUACAUAUAUGUAUGUUACAUAUAUAGCUACAUUAUAGGUAAUAUAUAUGUACUUGUAUAUAUUAUGUAAUAUAUAUGAACAUAUAUAUAUAUAUAUAUGUAUAUAUACUUUAUAUAUGUAUAUGUGUGUGUGUGUGUGUGUGUGUGUGUACAUACACACGUGUGUGUAUACAUGCAUACAAGCAUACACAUAUUCUCUACAAGUGACACGUUGCACCCUCCCAUUAUGGUCCCUCUACCUAUUCUAUGAAGGUAAGGGAUGCUUGCCCCUGAUUCUCAUGAAUCUAACCCCUGUCCCUCAUCUAACAGGAAGUCUCAUUUGUGUUGCCUUUUAUAACAAUAGGACUCCUCUCUCUCUCUCUCUCUUUCUCUAUUCACCUGUUUGUCCGUAACACACGUCAGUUGUGGUGGUCAUGGUGGAUACUCGAUGCCACCCACCAUCCAAAUUGUCACCCAUCAGUUUUAUAUAUUUUUCAUUAUUUUAAUUUUUUUUUUUUUACAUUUCAUUUAUUUUAUUUUAUUUCAUUUUUAUUUCUAUUUUUAAAAGAAUUUUUGUUUUAAUUUAAAUAUUUCUAUCAAAUCGAUAGAAAGCCACAUUAUAUUAUAAUUAUUAUUAUUAUUAUUAUUAUUGUCAGUUGAUCAGUCUGUAAACAAUCCUUAAUAGAGUUAAACUGCUUUUUGUGCCAAACACACAGAGACUGUAGAUCAGUUUGUAUUCGACAUUCUUCUGUUCCUACUGCUGAUUAUUAUUAUUAUUAUUAUUAUUAUUGAGGUGGCAAGCUGACAGAAUCGUUAGCAUGCCGUGCGAUAUGCUUAGCGGCAUUUCGUCUGCCACUACAUUCUGGGUUCAAAUUCCUUUCAUCAAAUUGCUUUACCUUUCAUCAUUUUGGGGGUUGAUAAAUUAAGUACCAGUUGCGUACUGGAGUCGAUGCAGCCGACUACCCCUCUCUCCCAAAUAUCUGGCCUUGUGCCUUUAGUAGAAAAGAUUAUUAUUAUUAUUAUUCUGGGAUGGUGGAAUGGUUAAAAAUGCGUAGUAUGUCGGAUAAAAACGUGUUGCAGUAUUUCGUGACAUUUCUUUACAUUCUGAGUUCAAAUCCAAACUGGGUUGGUUGAGGUUUCUUUUCGUUGUUCUGGGGUCAGUAGAAUGAGCAGGAGUGAUCCUACAGUAGAGAUAAGUUGCCUUGGACAACUGGUAUGGUGGUGGAGUGGAAGAAUUUCGCUGUAUUUAGGUUGUAACUCUUUUUGUUCCGAGUUCAAACGUUGCAGAAAUCAACAUCAUUGCCUUUCACCAACAACGAUAUAAAGGAUCAAUCAGGUGCUGAGGGUGAUGUAUUGAUUAACCUCCACCCCCACCCACCACCCACCAAAUUUCAAGAUGUGCCUAUAUUAGAAAGAAUUAACAAAAGGUGAUGGACACAGAGAAUCAGUGGAGCAUCAGAUAAAAUGCCAUGUGGUUUUCCAUCAUGUUCUGUGUUCAAAUCCUGCUGUAGUCAACUUUACCAUUCAUCUCUUUGAGGGUCAGUAAAAUAAAGUCCUAGUGAAGUAUAGGGGUCAGUGCUAGUGACAGUACCCCUCCCCUCUAAAACGGCUGCUCUUGUACCAAAAAUUAAGAAUUAUUAACAAUUAGGAAUUACUACUAGGAAAAAAAUAUUUAAUUAAGGGCCUUUUAAUUAUGACAUUUACUUUUACAUUUGUUUUUUUUUUUAUUUGUUUGUUUUGUUCCCUUUGAGUUUUUCUUUCUUUUUUCUGUUCUUUCUUUUUUCUGUUUUUCUUUUUUAUUUUGUUUUGUUCUUCUCAUCAUGGCGCUACCAUUAUCAUGAUUUUCUUUGUCAGCUAGAAAACAAACAAACAACAAAAGUAACCCAUCAGAACUACAGGACUGAUGUUGUUGUACUUCUUGUUAAUGUUUUCUAGUUCCAUAUCAUUAUGGAAAUAGAGAGAAAGAAAGAAAGAAAGAAAUAAGGAAAGAAAAGAAAAAAAAGUAAACACUGAACCACUUAGUGGAUUGAAACCUCGAUGCUGAGAUUUAGUUAUUGUCAGCAUUAGAGAUGAAACCUUUGUGUGUUUAAGUUAUUCUUCUAUCAACUGGGAACAAAAAUAAGGAUAAAAGAAAAGAAAAAAAAGGA